AUGAGACAAAGCCGGCCAAGUGGCUUGCUCAAUGCUCUCGAGCAUCUGGAAGCUGUCGCCAAUGUGCCGCCCAAGCAAAGAUAUACAGAUGCUGGCGAGCUGGCCAACACCAUUGCGUCGGACGCGUACGAGAGCGGCAUUCCGCAAGUCGCGCUGGGCCGCCUGCUGAAAGUUCUGACCACGAAAAACAAUCUCGACCAGGGAACCGUGACAGCACUGGUCAAGAACCUCUAUCCGCAGGAGCGAGUUGCCUCCAAACGUGUCACCCAAGUUGUCUGCUGUCUGGGACCCAGCAAGUCCAAGCCCAGCCCGGCAACACAGGCUCUACUCGUGCGCUGGCUGAUCCUCACAUACGACCUCCUCCAUGACAAAACGCAUCUUGGAAAGCUGUACGCGGUGCUAUUCAACCACCUGGAUAUGAUCAGUCUGCGCAAACCGCUGUGUCAUCUGCUCACACUGAUCACGAGGCGCAAACAUGUCAAACCUUUCCGGAUCCAAGCUCUCAUGGAACUGAUCCAGAAUUCUGGCGGAGAUGAGAAAGAGCUGCUCAGUCUGCUUAGGGUCUUCAAGAAUUACUACCCCGAAAUCAUCAUCGGGGAUGUCGGUGGCUCGAGGAGAAACGCUCUGUUCUUCAAGCAUCCUGAUCCUGAAUGGUCGAGCCAUGCGAAGUUGCUGCAGGACCAGAAUAUGGACUUGACGCAGCAGUCAAGCUACCAAGUGACCCAUCGGGGUACGGUAAAGAGAAGUAAGGUUGAGGUGGUUAUUCCUGUCUUACAAACCUCACGCGUAUCGAGCAAACAUACGUCUCUGGAAGAAAUCCGGGAUGUUGGCCACUUCGUCGAAAAGAUCGAGAAAAUCGAACUUCCCAACCAGAUUAUCUCGACACUCGGUGAUGCAAUGGCGCAGAAGUAUCUACAUUUAACUCAAUCCGAAGCUGCAAGUCACCGUCUGGACGAAUGGCUGCGGAGUUUCUUAGAAGACAAAUUGGAGCAAAUUCGCGAGGGUGAUGAGGACGAGCCGGAGACGUUGUCUUAUGUUCUCAGUUUCGUUGAAGGAUAUGCUGCUUAUACGAAGCAACUUCUCCCCUCGGUUCGAUCUUUCUUGCGCUCGUAUCUCCAGACAUGGAAUGGCCGAGACAAUCGCGAGCAAAUACUUCGAUUGCUACGGUACCUUCCUGUUGAAUCCCUCGAGAACCUCCGCAGCGAACUUCUCUCCCCUCUGGAGUCCGCUAUGACGAAUGGUUCUGCCGGUUCUCAAACAGCCCUGCUUGACCUGCUCGAUUUUUACACUUCAUUAAUUAGUGAAUGGGGCGUCAAACUCCGAAACCAACCGUCCAUUUCCGAGGAGUCGGUUCCUUUAAGCGAAAUCAUUAAGCAUGCAGAGCUCCUCGCAUCUUCAACACAGGAACUCGCUAUUAUCGCUGAUGAAAACCAACAAACGGCCAGACCGGUAGUUCUCCCCGUGCUCGAAUUCUAUAGAUCCCUGGCGGACCUCUUCUCUCACGCAUCUCAAAACGCGAAAAUCCGCUUGACGGUGCCCCUUGCUCCGACUGUCUAUACGAUUGCUUUCACACCAAGCAUCGCCAUAAUCUCAAUUCUCAACUCCAUCCUGGCAGGCUACAAAUCGUCAUUUGAGGCAUCUCUCACAUCCGAAGUCAUCAAACCACCCAACCCUCCCGAACCGCUUUAUAAAACGGAACUUGUAAGCCAAUUCAACGGCUAUGUCAUGGACAUGUGCAAUCUCGUGUGGCGAAACCGAGCUCUCAACGCAGAGGAUCCAAAUGCGCUCGGUUGCCUCAUUCCUGAAGCGACAGUUGCUGCCCUCACAAACUAUAUUCGCGAUGUGAACGAGGCCAACCGACACUAUGACAGAGAAAGUGCUUUCAACUACAGCUUGGCUUCAAUAUUAUCUCUCAGUCAUCAUGCAGCCUUUUGCAAUUUGUCUGCUGCCUGUUUUGCGGAUCUUGAGGAGAAUCAGCAGGUUCCGGAUCAUCGCCCAAAGUUGAGGAAGCCUGUGACUCAGAAAGCUUUACAGGCGCUUGAGAAGGAUGGAGGUGCUAAGAUUACGUGGCAGGAGUAUCGUGUUCAUAUGCUGGACUGGUUGGAAGCGAUUGGAAGUAAGGGGACGAGCAACCUGAUGAGAAGUACUAUGAAGGCUCUACGGAAAGAGUGA